AUGUCUAUGCGAGAGGGCGAGACUCUCAAGAAUUAUUCGGAUAGGUACUGGGAAAUAUUUAAUGAAAUAGAAGGAAAGAACGAUGGUGUGGCCAUAACCACUUUCAAAGCUGGCCUCCCAGCCGAUCACGAUUUAAGGAAAUCCCUGACGAGUAAACCUGUUACUAGUGUGCACCAAUUGAUGGACAGGAUAGAUAAGUACAGAAGGGUAGAAGAGGAUCAACUUCAGGGAAAAGGGAAGGCCAAAGUGAUCCCUCAAGAGAGGAGGGAUUUCAGGUUGGACCGUUAUAAUAGCAGCCGACCCCGGAGGGAUUUUGUUGGGCAGUCGGGUUCGACGGACGCCCAGAUGGUUAAUGCAAUAUUUCGAGAGCCAGUGCAGCAGGUUUUGGAGAAGAUAAAGAACGAGCCAUUCUUCAAAUGGCUGAACAAGAUGGCGGGAGAGCCUAGGAAAUGCAACCCGAACUUAUAUUGCCACUAUCAUUAG